GACCUUUUUGUAUAUUGAUCUAUGAUUUAGAUCCACGAUAUAUCUCUAUACUCGAUAUCAACUACAAGGUUAGAUAUAUUGGGCUGUGAAAUCCCCAGCUACCCUUACCUUACCAAUUAAAGCUAUCGAAAUUAGUCACAAUGGCAGCGGUGCCACCACCAGAUGACGAUAAUGAGUGGGCCCCAGGCUUUGAGCCGCCUAUGGCGCCCGCAGAGGGAGAAGGGGGAAAGCCUGGAUCCAAAGAUAACGAUAAACCAAAGCCCUCGAAGAAAGCAGAAACAAUACGAGGUACGCCCACUGUCGAUCAAUCUGGGCCAGGCCUAGCUGAAAAAUCUGCACAAGAAACCACGGCCGAAUACUUUGCGAGCUGGGCUGAGGCGGAGAAGAUGAUGAAAGCCGAUUUGGAAAAUGGAAAAUUUACCCAGGAACAAAUUGAGGAAAUCAGAAUACUGAUGGAGGAGGGCGCGAAGAAAAUGAAUUUGCCACAUGGAGAAGCACCCGGAGGACUAACAGUCGAGCAGUGGAAAGAGAAGGCCAAAAAGCUCGAGGCUGAACUAAAGACCAAGGGAAAAGAAGGGGACAAGUAUGUGGCUGAAUUGAUGGCGCUCCAAGACCAAGUAAGACAGGCGGAGGCCGAAAAACUGGAGAUGGAAAUCCGUAAUGCAAAACUCGAAAAAGAGCAUAAAGAGGCUAUGGCUAAAGUUGAUGCGGCCACAAAAGAUACGCGCGACAAAAAGAAUCAAGAGGACAAAAAAAAGGAGGACGAAAAACAUACAAAGGCCUUGCGUGAUAAAGAUGACAAAAUUCGCUUACUCAAAGAAGAGCUUGAUGCCUUGUCUAAACGCAGAGAGGCUGAUAAAAAGGAGAGAGACGAAGCUGCUGCCAAAGAUACAGACAAAGAGAAGGAUGCAGUAAUUCAAACACUGCAAAAACAGGUCCUCGAGAAGGAUGAGACAAUCAAGAAGUUGGAGAAAGACUUGAAAGAGGAAAAACAGAAAAAUGAAUUGGAAGAGGCCGGGUAUCACGCGGGUGAAAACCUUAAAGUCACAGUACAGCGUCUUGAGGAAGAGAAAAAACGACUCAAGAAAGAAGCAGUUAAAUUGGGAGAGAUGAUCACUGACUUGAACGGAAGGAUUCGGAAAUUGGAGAGCUCACAAGUGAGAUACCUAGAUGCAGCUCUAGAAUCAGAGCGAAAAGAAAAAGCGAGAGGUGAUUUGGAAAUCAGUGUUAUCGCGUUAAAAGCCAAGGUCAAGCAAUUUGAGGACGAAGAACAAUUGCAAAUUCAAAGAGAGAACAAUUUAACACUCGACAGGCAGACUCUCGCCGCUCAAAUUCUUCAGUUAAAAACCCAAAUUAAUCAACUGAAUGAGGCACUUAAUCAGUCUAAGGAGGCACUCAAUCAGUCUAACAAGGCACUUAAUCAGUCUAAGGAGGAACUUAAUCAAUCUAAGGAAGCACUCAAUCAGUUUAAGGAGGAACUUAAUCAAUCUAACGAAGCACUCAAUCAAUCUAAGAAGGAACUUAAUCAAUCUAAGGAGGAACUUAAUCAAUCUAAGAAGACACUCAAUCAAUCUAAGAAGGAACUUAAUCAGUCUAAGGAGGAACUCAAUCAGUCUAAGGAGGAACUCAAUCAGUCUAAGGAGGAACUUAAUCAGUCUAAGGAGAAAGCCACUGAGUUUGAGAAAACUAUCAAGACCUUAAGAACAGGAGUUCGUGAGACCAUAUUAAAGGAGAAUGUGGAGCUCAAGAAACAGCUGGAAAUCUUGCAAAAGAGUCUAGACGCAGAUCAAUCAGAAGAGCUCAAGAAGCAGCUAGAAGCUAGUCAAAGUGCAAACGCCGUUGUUCAAAAACGUGUAGAGGAGUUAUUGAAGGAGCUCGAAAAGGUCCGAGUGAAAACCCUCGGCGAUGGAGCAAAUGCGGAUGAGGUUAAACGUCUAACGGAAGAGUUAAAGAAGGCUACGGCAAGUGUCCAGAAGUUGACGCAAGAUACAAAGAAAGUUGGAGAUGAGAACGAACGACUGAAGAAAGAGGUAGUGACAAAAGCCACAUUGCUUGAAAAUAUGACGAAAGAAUUGAAAAAAUCCACAACUGAGAUUGGCCGGUUAAAGGAAAUGAAAACGGAAGAUGCCGAAAUGAUUCGUCAUCUAAACGAGGAAAACGAUGCGACCCAGCUCGAGGUCGUUCGUUUAAGGAGCCUGCAACUACCAGCACCACCAGUUCCUCCAACCCAGAAAGAAUUGGAGUAUAACCAAAUCAGGAUUCGUCAUUUCGAAGAGCAGGAAGUAGAAUGGCGCAAGCGAGAAACAUUCCUCGACGAGAAAAUUGAGGAUAACGUGAAGCAAAUUGAAGAGCUGGCAGAAAUCGUCCAACAGGCUGAAGAUUUAGUCAAUGAUAUAACAGCGGAAAAUAAGUUGCUUCAGGAAACCACAGCUGAACUUAAGCUCGAACUGGAAAACGCAGCCACAAAGCCAAUUGACGCUACUGGGGAUGCUGCUGAACGUGAGCGGGUUCAUGCCGAGAAAAUCAAAGAACUUACGGAACGAAACAGUGAACUCUCUGCAAAAGUGGAUGUGCUCGAGGAAGAAAGGAAGAAGGUACGAAAGAGCGUUACUGGAACUAGCGCAGAAGCAGAAGAGGAAAGGCGUCAACUCAACCAACAACGGGCAAAAGCUAGUGCUCAAACUAUUCAGAUGUUGAUGGGUUUCAUGAUUCUUCAACGAGCCUUAAACGGUAAAACCAAAGGUGAUAUGAAGAGAGUGUUAGCAGCAGUGGAACAAGCUAGACUUCAGGCCGAAGAAGUCGGUGAUGAGAAGGUGAUUGUAGAAAUAUUGAACUUGGUCGCUAUUGCUGUAUAUUAUGACGGUGACACAGCUAAAGCUCUCGCAAGUUUCAAUACCAUCAAGGAGUCCAAGCAUUUGAAUGAUUCUGAGCAAGAUAUGGUGGAUCAAUGGAUUACGCGGUGUGAAAAGGGGACUGAUUGUCCAAAGGGAAGGAGCGGGUAUAGAGAAGCUCUAGGAUUCGGGCCUGCACCACCAUCUUUUCGCGCUCCUCCGAAAGAUGAGGAAGAAGCAAAGAAAGCAAAGAAAGAAGCAAAGAAAGCAAAGAAAGAAGCAAAGAAAGCUAGGAAAGAAGCGAGGAAAGUAGCGAAGAAAGCGAAGAAAGAAGCGAAAAAAUUGAAGGCAGGGACGAAACCAAAAACUGCUUUGGCGCCUAUACGUCGUGGUAUACACAGGCCUGAUUUAUACGUCGGUGUCUUAUCGCCGAUACAACAACAAAUUUGGGAUGGUAUUGACUUUAGUGAUUUCGAUUACAAUCACUUGACUACCGAGCAGAAAGCUCUAUUUUCAUUUUUCCCAAUAGAUUCUGAGCCUGAAAGCCCUCGACGACCAGUCGUUCAUCGAGCAGCCGGACCUUCCGCUGCGGACCCAGCUCUUCCAGCUCCCCAUCCGAGCACCAAUCUCCCACCACUACCGCCAUCUAGUUCUGAUUCAGAAGGACAGCCACCUCCAGCCCCUCCAAGGCCACCUCCUGUUCCUCCAAGGCCACAACAAAAGACCAAACCUGAAAAACCAGCUUCGAGCGCCGCUUCCUCUGCUGAAUCGGUCAAAGGUGCUCAAGGAGCUCAAGGAGGGAAACCCAGUGGCAUGAGUCAGCCUACUACAGAUGCAGCUCUGCAUAUCCAGUACCUUGUUGCUCGACUGGCUGAGAGUGUAAAACGUAUCGAAGAACUCGAAGGUGCAGAUGCCGACGUAGUAAGUUUGACAGCUCGAGUGGAAAGGAGAGAUGCGCAGAUUGAAGAGUUGAGAAUCUACUGCGAACAGAUAGUUGCUGAAAAUACAGCUUUGCAAGGUGAUGCGGCAUAGAAUCGUGCCUGGGCGACGGUUCUGGGACUUUGAUAUAUCUUUAGUUUUAUUUUCUUACCAAGAAGUAUACCUACCUCAAUGGAAAUAGUGGGUUUUGAUUGUUCUGUACAUUUAAUGAUUAUAUAGUUAACUUAGAGGCAUGCUAAUACUUAAGCCACA